AUGUACCGGUCCAUGUACCCGCACUCGCCCCUCGCCCUCAGCUUCCAGCCGCAGCGCCCGCGCGUGCCGCGCCUCGAGUUCGUGAGCGGGAGCCGGUGCCUGGCGUCGCUGUGGAUCGUCUGCCAGCACUUUUCGCCGCACUCGAGCGACGGCGCCCUCGUCAAGGCGCUCUGGCGCUCCGACGCGGCCGUCGACUACUUUAUCGUGCUGAGCGGCUUCGUGACGCACUGGGCGUCGCGGGGCGCCUUCGCGGCCCUGCAGCGGCACCGCGACGACGCCGCGCGGUGGCGCGACGGCGCGAAGAAAUGGUACGGCCGGCGCUUCGGCCGCGUGCUGCUGGCGACGUACGUCGCGAUGGCCGCGUCGUGGGCCAUGGUCGCGGCCGCCGGCGGCGACGCGGCGCCGGGCCACGUCGGCCGGUGCGUCCUGCUGGUGGAAUCCUGGCUCGCGCCCGCGCGGUGGUGCCCCGACGGCCAGACCUGGACCGUCGCCGCCCUCGCGCCGUCGUGGUUGCUCUACCCCGCGGUCUACGACAGACUGGUUUACGAGCGGCCGGCGAAGGUCCUCGCGCCGCUCGGCCUCGCGCUGGCGGCGCUGCCGACGGCCGUCGCCGUGGGCCUGCUGCGGCGCGGCGACGCCCCCUUCGGGUCCGUCCACGACGCCAUGUACCUCUGGCCGCCCGCGCAGCUCUGCGACUUCCUCCUCGGCGCCGUCCGGGGCAGGAAAAGAGAGCGACAUGCCCAACUUCAAAGGCUCCGAUCUCGGCCGUGUUCCACUCGUUUCGGCUGA